AUGUCCGGGCUUCCUUUGGCCGCGCGACCGCCACUACCGUCUCACUGCGCCUGCUUCUCUUCUUCCUCCGUUGCUCGGGCGAAGGCAGCGUCGUCGGCAUGCUGCGCCAGCCUAAAGCAGGCUUGCCCAGGCCCAAGUGCUGCCGCCCCUUCCGCCGUCGCUGCGCUCCAGGCCGCGCCGCUCUUGGCUGCGGCGCUCCUCCUUGUAGCUGCACCCCCUGGCCUGCCUGCUGCUAUCUCACCAGCAUUUGCGCAACCAGUUUCAGAAGGCGCAGCGCUGUUCCGGAAGGCUUGUAUCGGUUGCCAUGACAUGGGAGGAAACAUCCUACAGCCAGGAGCCACUCUUUUCCUGAAGGAUCUCGAGAGGUAUAGCCUUGUAACCUGUCACUCACGUACGGCAGAGUGCCAGAGUCCACAUUUUCAGUUUCCAGCCAGCCGAACGAAGCGAGGUCCUGACACUGACAGAACCAAGUUCAGUGCUCAGGGUCCCCAACAAGUCGCAGUCGCAGCUCAACUUCCUGAAAGAGGGUUGGCGCGGCGGCGCUCCGGCCUGGGCCCGCAGCUCUGCGCCGCCGCGGCCGCGCUCCUGCUGCUCCUCUCCCUCGCCGUCCUCCACUCGCGCCUCUCCUCCUCGUCCUCCUCCCGCUUCCCGACAUCCGCCUCCCGCUCCCGCUCCUCCACGCCCGCCGCCGACUCCAACAACUCCUCCGCUCUCCUCGCCGACGAGGAGGACGAGGACGUGGCCGCCGCGCUCGAACCGCUGCUCACCGUCGCCACCACCACCGCCGCCGCCACCGAGGGCGAUUCUCUCGCCAACCCCGACGACGAUCGCAUCGAUGAGCUCGACGUGUUGGACGAGGACGCCGCGGGCGCCGACGCGGCCGACUCCGCCUACGCCUCUACGGCGGGGGCCGCCACGCCCCUCGUCUGGGACCACGUCGCCGGCGUCGCUCGUCUGCCGUUCCGCCUCCCCGCCUCUGCCGAAUCCCUACCCGCGGGGCUGCCGCGCCUCGACUCCCCGCGCCGGAUAGCCGCCGCGGCCUUCGGAUCGGACGACGAGCUGGUGGAUCUGGAACUGCGGAUCGAGAUCUCGUCCAUCGCCGGUAUCGAGGACGCGCUGCUUCUGAAGCCCGCCUCUGGUAAGGCCGCCGAGACGCGGCUCCGCGCCGGGUGGGCGCGCUGGCUGGAGGGGAAGGCCGACUACCUACGGCGCGAUCGGAUGCUCCGCUCCAACCUGGAGUCCCUCAAUCCGCGCAACCACCCGCUGCUCCAGGAUCCGGACAGCCCCGGCCUCACCUCUCUCACCAAAGGCGACCGCAUGGUGCAGCGAAUGCUACUGGCCGAGCUCGACAAGCCCGCGUCCAAGAGCUUUGAGCGGCGUAGGCUUCUAUCGUACGAGAACAAGCAGAGCAUGGGAACAACUGUGAAGGAGAAGCUGCAGAAGGGAAGGAGGUGGGGAUAUUUCCCAGGGAUCGAACCAAAUUUGGGAUUCUCAGAGUUCAUGGAGAGGUUCUUCGAGCAUGGGAAGUGCUCCAUGAGGGUGUUCAUGGUGUGGAACAGCCCGCAGUGGGCAUAUGGCAUCAGACACCAGAGGGGACUGGAGAGUCUACUCAAGCAGCACCCAGAUGCCUGUGUAGUCAUGCUAUCGGAGACACUGGAGCUAGAAUCCUUCCAGCAAUUCGUCAAGGAAGGAUAUAAAGUUGCUGUUGCGGUGCCAAAUCUUGAUGAACUUUUAGAAAGCACUCCAACCCAUGUAUUUGCAUCAGUGUGGUAUGAAUGGCGGCAGACAAAAUAUUACCAUUUGCACUACAGUGAGCUAGUACGCCUUGCUGCUCUUUACAAAUAUGGUGGAAUAUACCUUGACUCUGAUGUUAUUGUACUUAAACCUUUAACAUCGCUCCGGAAUUCUAUUGGUGCCACAAAUGAUGUCUCUGGAAAUUCCAGUUUUGGUGCUGCUGUGUUAGCAUUUGAAAAACAGAGCCCUUUAUUGGAGGAGUGCCUUAAGGAAUUUUAUUCGACAUAUGAUGAUACCCUCGUGCAGUGGAAUGGGGCUGAACUUAUGACAAGAGUUUUAAGCAAUCUUUCUAGCAAAGCAGAUGAAAAUAGGGGGCAUCUUGACAUUAAGUUUGAGCCCUCUGUUAAAUUUUACCCUAUAAGCUCUACUGAUAUUAUACGAUAUUUCUCAGAGCCAGAUAACAUGGUCCAAAAAGCACAUCAUGAUGCAAUCUUUUCUAGGAUCGUGAAUGACUCUAUGACUUUCCAUUUUUGGAAUGGCAUCACAUCUGCACUGGUGCCUGAACCCAGCAGUCUUGUUUCGAAAAUCCUUGACCGUUACUGCAUCCGUUGCCUCGAUGUUUUAUAG